CUGCCGUUAAUCUCUUCUACUACCCUAAUAACUAUUUCGACGGUGAUAAUGAAAACCCUACCAUCUUUUUUUUUUUUUUUGCCCACAUACAACUUCUCUUCUUCUUUACUCUCUUUUUCUUCUUCUACGAUUCAACUCCACAGCCACAACCCACAAUCCUUAUGCUUGAGCACCACUACCAUCACUGAUUCAACCGCUACUAGGACUACCUCCUCCUUCUUCUUCUUCUUCUUCUUCUUAGAUUCCGAUCUCUUGUUGAAUCUUUUUAGUAGAAGCCAUGGAUCCAAUAUUUCUAUUUGUUAUCUAGGGUUUCAUUUAUAAAGAUGAGCAAGAGAUCGCUUUGAUUGAUCUACAUGAGAAUUCAAAUUGAAAAACACAUUUAAUUAGCAAACCAUUUCCCAAUUUAAAGUCGUUAUUAAUCAGGUGAUGUUUCAUUGUUGUGUUUAUUUUUUCUUAUGAACUUUGUUUCAUUUCUGGGUUUUGGGUUUUCUUUUUGGAGAGGAGAGAUCUGAUUUUGAUGUUAGGUUUUAAUUUAUUUUGUUUUUGAUGUAUCAAUUGAUAGAAGACUUUCAGGUUCAGUGGCUUAAAUUUGUAUCCAUUGUUCUUAUUUUUCAAUUUUAAUUUCAGAUGCAGGAAAUCCCAUAGGUAUUUAAAUUUUUGAACCUUCUCCUUUGCGUAAGUGUUUAUUUCACUUAAUUUAGCUCCUUCUGAUUGUAGUUAUUCCAUCAUUUGUUAUUUUCUUUAAAAUUUCAAUGGACCCAUAAACCACCAAAAGUAUUAUUAGCGAGUCAAUCUGUAUGGAGAAUUUUGGUGAUUGCAUUAUUAUUAAGUGAAAUAUGUUUGACAUUCACAGCUCAGCAAAUUGUAGAGUUUUUGAUGAGAUUUAUGCGGAAGUAUAUCUACUCACCGUUGCUGAAAGCUUUGAGUUUAAGGACAGAGUUAAGAACAUUGGUGCCAGCCUUGUACAACAAGUAGCCAAUGCCACCAACAAUGUAGCUGGUGAUGCUAAGGCUUUAUCAUUCAUUACUUUGAAAUGUUUCGUUUAAGAUUGUAAUGUGAUGUUUCGAUCUAUUUGAUAUAAUAAGUAGUAUGGGGAUUUGUAUUAGUAAGGAAUGGGUACCGGAUAUGAGCUAAUUCUAAGAUGAUGGUGGUGGUGACUUGUUGUAGUAUGGGGAUGAUACUGGAGAUGGUGGUGGUGAAUUGUAUUAAGGUGGUGAUACUGGAAAUGGUGGUGGUGACUUGUAAUAGUUUUGGCUUGGUACUGGUGGUGACUUGUAGUAAGAAGUAGGUUCUAGAGAUGGAGGAAGUGGUGAUUUGUAGAUGUGGCAGGUGUAGGAGGUGGUGGUGGUGACUUGUAGUACAAUGAAGUUGGUACGACAGAUAUUAUGAGUUUUGGUAUCUUGUGACCAGGACCCGUACGUAUGUUGUAUUGACAUGUAAACUGAAUAUCUUGAUCAUUUUCUCCCUUGCUAGCUCCAUUCUGUAGGGGUAAAAGCUUUUUAUAAACAUGGAUUGUAUUCUUCUUUUAUUCCUACCCAUCUGUAGACUGUGUUAUAUGUGCAGGUUUGUUGUGACCUUCAUUACAUCAUUUGCCAAUGUCUCUGUUGGUAAUUAAGAGUAUAGUUCUGACUUUGUACCAAUUAUUGAAGGAAACUACACUAUUGCAACUCAGACGCUGAAAUGGAUGACAACAUCAGAAAAACCAGUUUACAAAUAUUGAAGGAAGCUACGCUGCUUCAUUCCUGUCAUUGUUAACAAUCUCUGUGUCAAUGCCCUUACUCUGCAGAGGAAGAUGCUGACAUCGACUUCUAACAAACUCCCCUUAACAAACUACAGUCUGAAUUUGAUCACUACAUCUUACUUCCUUUGGUUGACAAGUAAAACUUGCAUCGAGUCUGUAAUUUUUUUCAUACCACAUCUUACUUCCUUUGGUUAUGAAUAUGAAGUUGAUAUAAUGGUUUUAAUAUUUUUUUUAAUUUGUUUUUGAUGUUGCAGUUGUGUAGAAGACCUUAAGAAUCAGUUGCUUGAAUUUGUGAACAAUUUGAAGCCUUAUCCAUUGUUCUUAUGUCGGGUUUGUUUGAGCAAAGAUAAAAAGCAGGAACCUUGAACAUUCUUGAUUGGCUAAGGGCAUUGUUCGGCUUUCAGAAAGACAAUGUUAGGAAUCAUAGGGAACGGAAGCCUUGCAAAUAGUCAUAUACGGCAGGUACCCAAGCUUAAUCCCCUUAACAAGUUAUCAGGAUUGCUGAACAAGGACCCAGCAAUCAUGGAACGUCGAACUGCUUUAGAGUUAUACAGAAGUGCACAAGCAGAUAUUGAAUUAGAUAAGAAGCAAAUGGAUUCAGUUAAACAAGACACCGGAAAGAUGGGAGGCGCAGAAGUUGUUCAAUGGACUUUACUGGUAAAGCCCUAUGAUAAUUUGGUUUGGUUCAACCUGUGGGUGGUGAAGAUUGACGCAGACUGUAUGCGUAAUUAUCUGAUAUUUGAGCACUUGUUGCAAGUUCAUAUUGUUCCAACAGAGAAAGUCCAUCCUAAACUGUAAGCAAUUCUUUUGAUUUAUAUAAGUAUUAUAUGUAACAGACAUAGUUGCACCAACACAAUGUAAGAAACAACAAUAUAUAUAAGAACAUAUUUACAUA